GCGGCGGCGGCGGCGGCGGCAGCGUGCUCGGCCGGCGGGCGGGAGGGCUGGCGGGCGGCCCCCGCUCCCCGGCUCCGCGGCUCGGUGCAGCCCGCGCGGCCCCCGCCCUCGGACCCGCCCCCGGGGGUCGCCCGGCCCCAUGCCCUGCAGCGGCGGCGGAGCAGCGCGCGGCCGCGGGCGGCUCUGAGGAGCCCGGAGGAAGCCGGCGACGAGGGGACCAUGUACCGGGACCCGGAGGCGGCCAGCCCAGGGGCGCCCACCCGCGAUGUCCUGCUGGUCUCUGCCAUCAUCACCGUCAGCCUUAGCGUCACUGUCGUCCUCUGCGGCCUCUGCCACUGGUGUCAGCGCAAACUGGGCAAACGCUACAAGAACUCCUUGGAGACCGUGGGCACGCCAGACUCAGGGCGUGGGCGCAGUGAGAAGAAGGCCAUCAACGAUCUAGACAGAGACUUUUGGAAUAACAAUGAGAGCACAGUGCAGCAGAAAUGGAGCUCCUAUCCUCCCAAGGAGUUUAUUCUAAACAUUUCACCUUACGCCCCUUAUGGCGACCCACGACUGUCCCUCAAUGGCACCCUCCUGUCGGGCGCCAAGGUGGCCGCUGCGGCGGGGCUGGCGGUGGAGCGGGAAGGCCGGCCGGGGGAGAAGCCAGCACCGGUGCCGCCACCCGGAGAGGACGCCUUGAGAAGCGGCGGGGCUGCCCCCAGCGAGCCGGGCAGCGGUGGCAAGGCGGGGAGAGGCCGCUGGCGGACGGUGCAGAGCCACCUGGCCGCAGGGAAGCUCAACUUGUCCAAUUUCGAGGACUCCACCCUGUCCACGGCCACUACCCUUGAGUCUAUCCCCAGCUCCACGGGAGAGCCGAAAUGCCAGCGACCCCGCACCCUGAUGCGGCAGCAGAGCCUGCAGCAGCCGCUGAGCCAGCACCAGCGGGGCCGGCAGCCCAGCCAGCCCACCACCAGCCAGAGCCUGGGCCAGCUGCAGGCCCACGCGGCCUCGGCGCCGGGCCCCAACCCCCGGGCCUAUGGCCGGGGCCAGGCUCGGCAGGGCACCUCCGCCGGCUCCAAGUACCGGGCGGCCGGCGGCCGCAGCCGCUCCAACCCGGGCAGCUGGGACCACGUGGUGGGGCAGAUUCGAAACCGAGGCUUGGACAUGAAAUCCUUCCUGGAAGGCAGGAUGGUGGUGCUAUCCUUGGUCUUAGGGCUUUCGGAACAGGAUGACUUUGCCAAUAUCCCUGACCUGCAAAACCCAGGAACCCAGCAGAACCAGAACGCUCAGGGGGACAAGAGGUUGCCCGCAGGAGGGAAGGCAGUGAACACAGCCCCGGUGCCGGGCCAGACACCCCAUGAUGAGUCUGACCGCCGGACUGAGCCGCGUUCCUCCGUCUCGGACCUCGUCAACUCCCUCACCAGUGAGAUGCUCAUGCUCUCCCCAGGCUCCGAAGAGGACGAGGCCCACGAGGGCUGCAGCCGGGAGAACCUGGGCCGGAUCCAGUUCAGCGUCGGCUACAACUUCCAGGAGUCCACGCUCACCGUGAAGAUCAUGAAGGCCCAGGAGCUGCCAGCCAAGGACUUCAGCGGCACCAGCGACCCCUUCGUCAAGAUCUACCUGCUGCCAGACAAGAAGCACAAGCUGGAGACCAAGGUGAAGCGGAAGAACCUGAACCCCCACUGGAACGAGACUUUCCUCUUCGAAGGUUUCCCGUACGAGAAGGUGGUGCAGAGGAUCCUCUACCUCCAGGUCCUGGACUAUGACCGGUUCAGCCGCAAUGACCCCAUUGGGGAGGUGUCCAUCCCUCUCAACAAGGUGGACCUGACCCAGAUGCAGACCUUCUGGAAGGAUCUGAAGCCAUGCAGCGAUGGGAGUGGGAGCCGAGGGGAGCUGCUCUUGUCUCUCUGCUACAACCCCUCUGCCAACUCUAUCAUCGUGAACAUCAUCAAAGCCCGGAACCUCAAAGCCAUGGACAUCGGGGGCACCUCAGACCCCUAUGUGAAGGUGUGGCUGAUGUACAAAGACAAGCGGGUGGAGAAGAAGAAGACAGUGACUAUGAAGAGGAACCUGAACCCCAUCUUCAAUGAGUCUUUUGCCUUUGAUAUCCCCACGGAGAAGCUGAGGGAGACGACCAUCAUCAUCACUGUCAUGGACAAGGACAAGCUUAGUCGCAAUGAUGUUAUUGGCAAGAUCUACCUGUCCUGGAAGAGCGGGCCCGGGGAGGUGAAGCACUGGAAGGACAUGAUCGCCCGUCCGCGGCAGCCGGUGGCCCAGUGGCACCAGCUGAAGGCCUAAGUGUGGCCACAGGAGGCCCAGGGGGCCAAGGGCCCGGGUCCCCAUCAUGCCCUCACCACUUUAUGCACAAUGCCCGGCCUGGCCCCCCGCCAUAGGUGAGGGGAGGACCCUGAGGGCUUGGCCAGGGAGGGGUCCCAGGAGUCCGUUGGGCCCCAUUUCUAGGAAGUACCAGCCUCAUCCUCCACCGGUCCAGCUCUGGGGGAGGGGCUUUGGGAGCCAUUUUCCUGCUUUGCCCCUUUCCUUCCUGACUUGCUGAUACUAAAGAAGUGGGGGAGAGCGUGAAGGCCAGACAGGCAGAUGGGCAGACCCCUCCAGAGACCCGCCAGGUGGGCACGGUCCCCCGUUUUCUUUAAGGCAGUGCCUGGAGUGGAGAGAAGUUGCUCUCUCCCCAGCUCCCGAUAUGGGCCCUGGGGAAGGAAGGCCGAGGCGUUUGGCCUGGCCUGGCCAGGAGAGGCCCAUCCCAGGACAGUUUCAGGUGCCGGCUGGGCCCUGAAUGCCAAGGAUAGUAUAUAGCCCGCUCCAGGGUCCUGGAGCUGAAGCCCAUGUACUUGGCGUCGCGUCCACUUUGUGUGUGUGCGUGGC